GAGGUUAUGAGAUUUUUUUCAGUUUUUGUAUUUAACCGGCGCGUGAAUAGUUUACGGUUAAACGCAAUAGCCUUUACGCUGCGUCUUUUACGUCUUGAAGCUUUACAUCGAGACAAUUUAAGAGUUAUUCGUUGCAUAUUUGAUUCAUCACAAUAUGGACAAACGCCCUAAACCUGAAGAACAGGCUGAAAAUAUUCCACCUGAAGCCAAGACCUCAAAGUUGAAAUUCCAGUCAAAUGGCGUUGAGCAACAAUUCAGGGAGGACAAUGGGACCCUUCUGAAAACGUGUAUCUGCUCUACACCAGCUCCCAGCGAAAGCAAGUCUCGGUUAUCUGGUGUGCUCUCCACUCUAUCGCCCAUUUUAAAGUAUUUAAAUAUUGAAAACAAGCAGUCGCCUCCACAGUCUGUCAAAUGUGCCUCAUCUUCAAGCUGCCUAAGAUCAACGGGAAAACCUGCACAUCACAGCAGCUUCAAUGUUUCCGCUAUGCACUCUGGGACUUUAUUAGGGGCCACCCAUCAGCCUUACUGUUUGCUGGAUUAUGAGUGUCUGCCAGAAAUGACUCUGCUUGAUGAUACCAACAAUGCAACAAUGGAACUCACUAAAAAUGAUUUGGGUUAUCCUCAGAGCGCACCUCCGGCACCAAAUCCUAAUGCCGUCACAUGUGGACAAGAAAGCAACGCAAACUCCCCUGCGUGCACCCCUCAACCGCCAGGAACGCAAAAGCACAAGAUGGUUAAACUGUCUGAGAUGAAACGUUCAUCUGCAUGGAAUCGGUUGCUUGAUGAAAACUUGCCAGAAAUUACAUUGCUUGAUACUUCAAGUGACUCUGAGAUGUUGCCACGUGUGCAGACGUCCUGCAGAGGCGCGAUGUUGGACUUGACACAGGACAAGACGCAGAAUUUGGCGCAGAACAUAACACACGAUGUGGUACAGGACAAGAUGAACGACAUGAUGCAAAUUAUGGGACAGGACAUAGUGCAGGAUUUACCAGUGGACAUGACUCAUGACAAAAUGCAGGACAUGGUGCAAAAUAUGGAACUGGACAUGGUGCAGGACAAUACAAAAGAUAUGCUGGAGGACAAGACUCAAGACACAGUUCAAGAUAUAGAACUAGAUACGGUGCAGAAUUUGACGCAGGACACGGUGAAGAAUUUGACACAGGACGUGCUGCAAGACAAGACCCAGGACAUGGUUCCAGAUAUACAACUGGAUGUGCUGCAGGACGUGCUGCAGGACAAGACGCAGGAUUUGGUGCAGGACAAAACGCAGGACAUGCUGCAGGACAAAACGCAGGACAUGCUGCAGGAUGAGACGCAGGAUUUGGUACAGGACAAGACGCAGGAUUUGGUGCAGAACGUGCUGCAGGACAAGACACAGGAUUUGGUGCAGGACAAGACGCAAGACGUUCUGCAGGACAAGACACAGGAUUUGGUGCAGGACAAGACGCAAGACGUUCUGCAGGACAAGACGCAGGAUUUGGUGCAGGACAAGACGCAAGACGUUCUGCAGGACAAGACGCAGGAUUUGGUGCAGGACAAAACGCAAGACGUGCUGCAGGACAAGACACAGGAUUUGGUGCAGGACAAGACGCGAGACUUGCUGCUGGACAUGGUGCAGGACGAGACGCAGGACAUGGUGCAGGACGAGACACAGGAUGUGCUGCAGGACAUGGUGGAGGACAAGACGCAGGAUUUGACGCACGAGAAGACGCAGGAAGUGCUGCAGGAUUUGGCGCACGACAAGACACAAGACGUGCUGCAGGACAAGACGCAGGAUUUGGUGCAGGACGUGCUGCAGGAUAAGACUCAGGAUUUGACGCAUGAGAAGACGCAAGACGUGCUGUGGGAAAAGACGCAGGAUUUGGUGCAGGAUUUGGUGCAGGACAUGGCGCACGAAAAGACGCAAGACGUGCUGCAGGACAAGACGCAGGAUAAGAUGCAAGAAAUGGUGCAGGAUUUGGCACAGAACAAGACGCAAGACGUAGUGCAGGACAAGACACUAGAUGUGGUGCAAAAUACAGAACUGGACAAGACAAAGGGCACGGUACAAAAUAAAGACCAGGACAUGGUGCAGAAUUUGACGCAGGACAAGACACAGGAUUUUGUGCAGGACGUGCUGGAGAACCGUAACGAUGAUGCAUCUGAAGUCCUGAAUCCCGAGCUGCCAGAUUCUGCAGAAACAAGAUCCAAGAUGGUGAAAAAUCCUGAAGGUACAGUUGAAACCCCUCCAGCUUUAGAUUUGCUUUCUGGAGGUGACAAUUGCCAGCGAGAGGAUGUCUCCCAACCAGUUCUGCACAUGUCGAUGGAACUGUCUGACAGCUCAAUCGUUUCCAGCAUGGACACCAACAAAACAAACACCUUAGUUUUGGAUAAGUCUUUGGAUUCAGUGCCAGACCCCAAGUUCUCUUCAACUCCUAUGAUUGACCUCAAAAUGUUCAACUUCAAAACUCUCCGAGAUGAGGGCCAAGUCCUGGCAGCACAGAAGAAACUGUACCAAGAUGGUCUGAGUAAGCCAGCGGAUCAGGUGCCCUCGGAGAUCCCAUCAAACAUCGUGGCCGACCGCAAAACAUUCUUGCCCCAAACUGGGUCUAAAUUGCUUUGGCCCCUUUCAAAGGCAACAUCCCAGCUGCCAAAGAUCUCCAAUUCAGGCGUAAAAUCCACUAUUCCAAGGAAACCGGAAUCAUCUCAAUCCCACCUGCCAAUGAAGCGACAACGGAUCCAAGACUCUGUGAGAAAGCCGGUUCCACCUGAAGGCCCACAGGGGAUCACAGAUGAGCAAAGCUUGCCCAGCUUGUGCACCAGAGCUGCAGUUUUCAAGCUGCCAGCUUCUGGCCUCCAACGACCCCAAGUGAGCAAAAUGACCAAACCAGCAGCCACUGUCAGAAAACUGCCCACAAGGGUCAACUCACAGGUCGUGGCAAGCGCUGACAAACCUUGUGGAAGUAAAGCUUUACACACUAUAACAAAUAAAUUGGAAGACAGGACACGUCCAGUAAACAAAGGAAAAGCUCUACCUUUGUUCAAAAAGCAGAAAAUGGAUGCAGUGAAACAGCUGUCAUCAACUGAAGCAAGCAGCAGAACCCUGAAGCAGCCUGCAGUCAGGCAGAAAUCUUUGCUCACUAAACCCCAGAGACAAGGCUGUGCCAACUGCAGUGUCCUCGAGGAGCAGCUCAAACGUAAAACUGAAGAACUAGAAAAAAUUCAAGAAGAGCUCUUCAAGUACACAAAGAAAUCCAGGAAAUGAGAUGACAUGAUACGAUGCAAUAUUUCAUUUGUAGUUUUUUAUCACCCUUUUAUUAUAAAUCUAUUAAUCUGCCCUCUUUGUUUGUAUUGAUCUAUAAUGCUUUAUCUAUAUAUCUAAUAAAUAUGUUUAAAAUCAACA